AUGCGUCAGUUCAGCUGGCGGCUAGCCAAACUCACGUUUUCCCUCCACCCUGCACCCAUCAGAGUUCCCCUCAACUCUGAACCCCCACCAGGGUUCAUCUCCAACCCAACCCCCACCAGAGUUCAUCUCCAACCCAACCCCCACCAGAGUUCAACUCCACCCCAACCCCCACCAGAAUUUACCUCCAACCCAACCCCCAACAGAGUUAAUCUCCAACCCAACCCCCACCAGAGUUCAUCUCCAACCCAACCCCCACCAGAGUUCAACUCCACCCCAACCCCCACCAGAGUUUACCUCCAACCCUCACUAGAGUGUACCUCCACCCCAACCCCCACAAGAGUUUACCUCCACCCCAACCCCCACCAGAGUUUACCUCCAACCCAACCCCCACCAGAGUUCAACUCCACCCCAACCCCCACCAGAUUUCACCUCCACCUCAACCCCCACCAGAGUUCAACUCCACCCCAACCCCCACCAGAGUUUACCUCCAACCCAACCCCCACCAGAGUUUACCUCCAACCCAACCCCCACCAGAGUUUACCUCCAACCCAACCCCCACCAGAGUUUACCUCCAACCCAACCCCCACCAGGGUUUACCUCCAACCCAACCCCUACCAGAUUUCACCUCCACCUCAACCCCCACCAGAGUUCAACUCCACCACAACCCCCACCAGAGUUUACCUCCAACCCAACCCCCACCAGAGUUUACCUCCAACCCAACCCCCACCAGAGUUUACCUCCAACCCAACCCCCACCAGGGUUUAA